CUCACUCGGACACGCUCUGUUUCUUUUUCCGACUCUCUGAGUCUCUCAGUCGCUCUCGCCGAGAAAACCCCAUUUAGCUCGUGGAAAAAGAUGUAUUAGCAGACAAAUUGAGGGCUCAACGUACGAAUUUUAACUUUAUUAUGAAAAACGAUGAAGCUUUUGAGUUGUAAACAACUAUGAACAAGAAGAGUUUAGCAAUUCUGUUGCGCGCCAGAAUGAGACCAAACAACUCAACAAAACUCGCUCUCUCUUCUUUACCUAACGAGGUGAAUCUAAUGCAAUCCUCUGGUUCACGUGCUGCGCAACAUGCUCUGGAGAAUGAGAACAAGCCGCAGAAAGAAUUUGAGCAUGUACGAGAAUCAAUGCGGUUGGCGAUAUCAAUGAAUAAAACUGAAGUUUUAGAUACCGUGCUUAAUGAUUUUUCAGAGGGUUAUUAUAGCCUUUCUUAUGAAAAUCGGCGGACAUUAUUGCUUGUAUUAGCUAAAGAGUUUGAUCUAAAUAGAACACAAGUUCGUGAAUUGAUAAAGCAAUAUCUUGGAGUUGACUUUUUGUCAGGCGAGGAAGCGCAGUUGGCUGGUGCUGAAGAGGCGGGUGGUUAUCCCGCUGCUUUUUACCGUGUUGAGCGGAAUUUGAGACAUGCGCUUAAGCCGAUGUAUGAAUCUCUUUUUGAGCGGCUUAACAUGCAUCCUGGAGGGUUGAAGUUUUUGUCCAGUCUUCGAGCUGAUAUUUUAUAUAUUCUCACAGAGGAGAAUAUUGCUUCCUUGAGAGCAUUGGAUUCCUAUCUAAAGGAAAAACUCAGUACUUGGCUUAGUCCUGCUUUAGAGCUUCACCAGAUUACUUGGGAUGACCCAGCUUCUUUGCUGGAGAAAAUUGUGGCUUAUGAGGCUGUGCAUCCAAUCAGCAACCUUAUAGAUUUAAAGAGAAGGCUGGGGGUUGGUCGCCGGUGUUUUGGGUAUUUACAUCCAGCAAUACCUGGGGAACCUCUCAUUUUUAUUGAAGUUGCACUGUUGAAGAAUGUGGCUCAAACAAUUCAAGAAGUUUUAUGGAAUGAUCCUCCUAUACCUGAAUGUGAGGCAACAUGUGCAUUAUUUUACUCUAUAUCUUCAACUCAGCCUGGCUUGGCAGGGAUCAAUCUUGGAAAGUUUCUAAUUAAACGUGUGAUCACCCUGGUGAACAGAGGUAUGCCACAGAUUUCUAUAAGUACUUCUGUUAUUUAAUCCAUAAUACUUGCAACGCGUAGCCUAGUCCCAGGGUUUCAGUGGCAUUCAAAGUUGGCAUCUCAAUCGAAGCUUGCUGAAGUGGAAGACAUAUCACAAUCAUCAGACGGUGGAUCAUCUACUUUUCUGUAUAUUUACUUGAACCAGAAGGAAAAAGCACUAGUGGAUUUGUCCAAGGAGUCUGUUGCUGGAAGAAAUGGCACAGAAGUAAUGUUAAACUUGCUGACAUCAAGAAACCAUGAGUGGAGCAAUUCAGACAAAUUGCUUUCAGUUCUCAAAGCCCCUCUCUUACGACUAUGUGCCAGGUACCUUCUACAAGAGAAAAAGAGAGGAAAGGCUCUAGACUCUGUUGCAAAUUUUCACUUGCAAAAUGGAGCGAUGAUUGAGAGGAUAAAUUGGAUGGCAGAUCGAUCAGAAAAAGGCCUCAAUCAAAGUGCUGGUAUCAUGGUGAACUAUGUGUACAGGCUAGGGCAUAUUGAAGAAUAUGCUCAAUCAUAUUUCAGCACUGGGAAUAUCCAUGCAUCCGAUGAUGUCCGUCGCUACGUUGAGCUGUCGAAGGAACGAGAAGCAAAAACAGAUUGAGGACGAUAACAAAACAUGCCGUGAAAAUUUUAUUUCCACUUCAUCAACAACAGGUGUAUGGGACAAUGCAUAUAGAAGCAAACGUGAUUUAGCAUAUGAUCUCAUUUGCUAGAGGACAUGGCUUAUAUGGACCAGGAUUUGAUGGAAGACAUUUGUGGUACGGCUUUCGCUUAUGUAUAUGUUUAUCUUCAUAAGAUGAUUUUUUCGCACCUUGAAAUGCUGAAAAAAAACUAAUAAAUUCUACCAUGACUCAUUGUACUCUUCAACUAAUCGUCUAUAAUAUACAACUUGCACAUUGAAUGGCAAAAUAUUGUUAGAUU